AUGGGAAAAUUUCUUCCAUACCACCUUCCUAUCAUCCUCCUCGUUGGCGUGAUGGUCUUCAGCAGUGUCGUGGCUCUUCCCGCCUUGAUUUUCCAUAAUGUUAUCGACAUGUCGGUCGUGUUUCCAGAUUUUUUCCACGAACAGAAGCUGCUGUGCCUAAACACGAUUGUUGGGAAGGCGAAGAUGACGCAAAUUAUUGUCAUGUUUAUCGUUCAAUUCGCGCUGCCGUUCCCAAUCAUUGUUAUUUUCACGAUUCUGAUGAUUCUUCAGCAUAUUGAGAUCAAUGAGGACCCACGAGCAGAUCCAGACUACAAGGCGCAAGAUCCGAUUAUCCUCAGUUUCUGGCAAAUUGCGCUCUUUUUACGCUUCGCCCAUUAUAUUAUCAAUCCGAUAUUGCUCUUGGCUGGCAACUCUUUCAAAGCCAAGAAGAAAAGCGACAGGAAAUUUGCAGCAGUAAAGUGCAGAUCGGCUGCUCAUCCUCUUGUCCGCCAAACUCAGCAUAUUAUCGUCUUAAACAAUACGAAAGUAGAGAGCUAUGCUGGCCCAUUACAGACAAAAUGCCAAGCGAAUCAACUGACCUGA